AUUUGGGCAUAAACCGACCUUUUUAGAGCAACGAACGUGCGCUUCACCACAUUCUUACCAGACCUUUGAACAAGUUAAUAUCUGCUGUGUGAAAAUAUGGCAGCUUAAAACCAGCACCGGCUUCGGCACCGUGCACCAGCACAAACUUAAAUAUGGCGAACCCCCAAGAUGUUAUCCCAAGUGGAAUUUUUUACAGGACUAUCGAGUCAGUAAACAUAGAUUAUGUCGGUAUACGAAGAUUUUACGAGUAUGAUGGAAUUGGAGGGGUGGGAUUCCAGGCCUGGUUUAAUGACCCAGUCCGAUGACCAAGCAAACAAUUUGUACAGUAUGAUUGAUGUUAAACCACAAAAUGAAAAUGGGAUAUCGGAUGUCUUCCAAGACAUCCUUGCAUCUCCUGUUAGUGAUGGAGAUCCCUUUUCUCAAGAUUGGAUGGAACAGACCAGUUUAACACAAAUGUUAGAGGAAUUGACCGGAAUGGCGAUGGACAGUUCUGUACAAGCAUCUGUUCCUUCUGAUACAGAAAAUGUUAACCCAGUUCUCCAUAAUAUGGAUGAAGUAGAUGUUCCAGUCUUUACUGAUCUAGGGUUAGAUGGAUUUGAACUGCUAGAACAACUUGUGGUGAAAGCUGCAGAGUUAAACACUGGUUUUCAAGGCAGUUCCAUUUCAUCUCUUUCAGAGGCGGCAAAGACCCAGGUUUUGCCUGUCAUAUCAUUAGAUGAUAGUGGUAUUAGUUCAUUAGACAGUUCCCUUUGUGAAGGUAAUGCAUCCACAGUUGAUCUUAAUGAUGUGGAGGAUGUCAUGCAUUCGCCAUUGUCAGCCAGUGAUGUUGAUAGCUUACUAUCUUCCCCUCCUACUUCUCCCUCAUCAACUUUUUGUCACAGUGAACUUUUUAAACUCAUGACACAGCCCACCCCAGCUGAUUUAUCGUUAUCUAAAUCGACAUCUGUAAAAUCAACUGCGCCCACUCAAUCUGCUAUUCGAAAAUCAAAAGUGAAAUCUGUGUCUAAAGAUGGGUUGGAGAUAGAAUUCCUUAACAAGAAAGAAAAGAAAAAAUUGCAGAAUAAGAAUGCUGCAAUUCGAUAUCGACAAAAAAAGAAAAUUGAAUCCGAUGAAAUCAAAAAAGAGGAAGAUGAACUUGAACUGAAAAACAAAACAUUAUCGGACAAAGUAGAAGAAUUGCAACGCGAAAUAAUUUAUAUGAAAAAUCUCAUGAGCGAAGUAUACAAAGCACGAGAUGGGGGUGUUGUAAAAAUAACUAAAGUUUCUAUUUAAUAAUCUGUGUUAGGUACAUGUGUAUGUAAAUAUUUGUUUUGUUAUUGUUAUUAGUAAUUGAAAAAUAUAUUAGUUACUAAAUGAA